UUUCUCAGCCCAGGUCAUAAGCUCAUUUUGAACUGCCAAAUAUCAAAACUAUCUCAGAACUCAAUCCUUAAGUCGGUUCGCCUUUAUUUAGAAGGAAAUGAUGGCGCUUCUAUUACUACUUUUUGAGGGGUUUCAGAUAUCUACCAUCUUGAGAGGCGAGGGGUUGUUUCAGUUUCUCUGAACAGGCAACAAAACCCAGUUCUAAGGAGGCUGCAAUACCACGAAUGACCACUAGAGGGGAGUGCAGGCGUAGCUGGAGCCAAGUUGGAGAGGCAAGGGCUCCUCAGCCUGCGGUGAUGGGGACCCACGGGUGCUACAAAGGUGACAGCAGUAACAGAUUCCUUCUUUGCUUUGUAUCCACACUGUGUGCCUGGAGCUGGAUGGCCAUGGGAGAGAAGGUGGUUUCAGUAGGUCGCAGGGAGUGCGGUGCUGUCCAGCAGUAACCAAGGUACCGGGGAAACCAGUCCUUGUUCAGUUGUGGGUGCUGUUCGCCAGCCUCCCAGAGGUGGAGCCCAGGGCUCCCGCUGAAGGGCUAUGGGUGAUGGUGGCAACUGCGGGUCAGGAUCGGUCGUGUGGCCCUGGGCCAGCCUCUUUCCUUCUUGGGCAGCACAAGGACUGUGGCCUUCCUCAGGGGUGUUUCUCAGGCAUAGCCCCUAGACCUCCUGAAAGUGGCCCGGGUGGACUUCCCGUGCUGCCCAAUGGUUCCCUUCUCUUCCUCACUCCUCACAGCCCUCACACUUGAACCUCAUCCUCCUCUGCCAGAUGCCUCUUCCCACCCCUUUUUCCAAGAAUUCACUCCCUGCGCUGUAAAAAUAAUCACAUUUCACCUCCAACAAUCCCUCUGGCUUCUUACAAACUUGGUAAAAAUCCUCAGGAGUCCACAGCUCUAGCAGUCCUCCUGAGCCCAGUCACUGAGGUUCUACUAAGGGAGACAAGAGGACUCUGCUUCACCCCAGUCCCUAAAAGCCAAAAUAUUGCCACCGAGUGUAGUCGAGGCAACACAUGGGAUAAUUGCACCAUGUAAUUACAGGGGGUCUGAUCCCUUUACCCAUCUGGGGCACAGGUGGACGAGAACUCGAGGAGACAGACAUAUUCCCAAGUGCUUGACCCCUUUUAAGGUGUCAGCGGGCCCUCCAAAAGUGCAUCCAUUUCCCCCAGUUGAGUUCCAAACCGACAGACAGGCCAAAGGAGAGGCAGAUGGGGUUCAAAUACCAGCUUUGUUCCUGGUAAAAGCUGGAGCAGGGGCAUAGCAUAGGUAUGCAGCAAAAAAUUGAUCCCUAAAUCUGAACCCCAGAAUUGGGCUUUGCCACAAUGCCUCAGGCUGCUCCAAUCAACCUCCUCCCCGCUCUCCCCACCACAUAUACUUGAGCUUGGAGGAGCACAGAGCCCUGGCCUCUGCAGGCGGGAUGAGCCCAGGAGACCCACAAGGAGUAGACUCACCCUUCCACUGUACCCCCAAUCUGAGAGCCUCCCCAAAAAGAAAGGAGGCGGCAGGGGGACCAGGCAGUGAUUGCUGGGCCAACUUUUGGAGUGGGACAUUGGUGAGGACCUGAGUGUCCCCCUUAGGUCCCAGGCGCCCGCUCCCUCUCCAUUUCUGCACCCACAGAGGGGCUGAGGGUUUCAUCCUCUGGCCCAGUGGCCAGUGCUGCUGCUGCCGCUUCCUCCUGCCCUUGAAUCCUCAGGUCCAGGUCCAGGAUGCUGCUGCUUCGUCUCAGAACAAACCUCUGUCCCCACAGGGCCUCCCAGGUUGGAGACUCGGCCCCACUAGUGAAGUCUGAAUGGAGGCUGCUCCUGCUGAAGCUUAGGACGCCGGUCCCCUUGGUGCGUCCUCUGCUCCUUGUCCCUCCUCAGUCACUGCCUCUCCUGCUUCCCAGGUCUCCAGGCCCAGUAGCUCCGGCUACUUCCCUAUUGGUGGUGUCUGCACAAACAAGGGGACUCCUGGGAGCUGGUCGUGCUCCUCCUCAGGGUCCUCCUCCCCUGGCCUCCAGGCUCUGACCAUCACUCUUUGUCCUCCAUUCCUGCUGCCACAUCUCAUGAUGGCUCUGACCCACCCAGGAGCUGCAGGAGGAGGGAGACAGCGUCUGACAGCACUGGGAAAGUUACUUUCACUUUCUUUUCCUCAUUUGGGUGGAGCCAUUUCUGAGUUAAACGGUUCACAGACUUCCUGCUCAGGACUCGGGCCACACUGGAUCCAGGCAGGGGACACGCGAGGGAUCAGAGGCCUAGGCUCCAGGCCCCGGCAGGGCCCAGGCCGGGAAGAUGGCCUGUGGGAGCAACCACCUCAGCACCAGGAUAGGUUCAAAAAGUGGGGCUGACUGCUAGGCCACUAUGUAGUGCAUCUUAAAAUGUAGUAGAUACGGCCAGACCUUUUCUGUAAAGGCUACAGCAAUUCAUGCUCACACCAGCAAUGAAUGUCCGUUUCUCUGAUCGGCCACGCUGCAGUUUGUCAAUUUAAUGGGAUGUCUACAGAAGACCAGGAUAUAGAUGACAGGCUUAUCCAUGAGACUGUAUUCAAUCACUUCAAAAGACAUAAGAUUGAGAUUUCAAAUACAAUAAAAAAGACUUUUCCUUUCCUUGAGAUUCUUCGUGACCGUGAACUCAUCACCAACAAAAUGUAUGAAGAUUGUCAAGAGUCUUGUAGAAACCUGGUCCCUGUACAGAAAGUGGUGUAUCAUGUUCUCUGUGAACUGGAGAAGACAUUUGACCUGCCACUUCUGGAGGCAUUGUUCAGCGAGGUCAACAUGCAGGAAUACCCUGACUUAAGUCACAUUUAUAAAAGCUUCGAAAAUGUGAUCCAAGAGAAAAUUUGUCCUCAAGAAAAUGAUGAAGAAGAGAGUGGGGACAGGACUAAUAUCCCAAUAAACCUUGAACAAGGAACUGGUGGAAAGGCGUUUCAAAGCCUGACCUGGCCGGGCCCAGAUCUCUCGAAUUACAAUGGUACAACCCCACCUGAAAGCGAACACUCAGAGCACCUCAGUGAAACAGAACAGAUAAAUACAAGAAGAAAAGAUACAACCAGUGACAACAAUGAGGCACUAGAAAGCCAACAAGCAAGUGAACAAUGUGCCCAAGAGCCUGAGCCAGCAGACUCCUGUGAACAAGCGCCCAGCCAAGUGAAUAAUGGAGGUGCAAGAUCAGAGACACCUAGCCCAUUGCACUGUGAUGAACACAGAGUGAAGCUACCCAACCAUGAAAUCAAAAUUAAUUCCUGUUCUGUAUAUCUGGUGGAUAUAAAGAAGGAAAAGCCAUUUUUUAAUUCAGAAGAUGAAAGGCAACCCCAAGCAAGGACUAACCGUAACCAGGCAUCUGAAAUAAUAGUGAUCAGCAGUGAUGACUCUGCAGAAUCCAGUGAUGGAGACGAGCCCCCAGAAACCAUUCCAUGCAAAAGAAGGAGGCUUGACGUCAAUAACCUUGAAUCAUCAGAAUCAAGUGAGGGGGAGGACACCCAUGAAGCCACCCGCUCAGGACCCCAGAUUUCACCAGAGCCCAUGGAUAUCAGAAAAUCACCUACAUGCAGGAAAAAACUUUGGAAAGAAGAGAUAAGACAUGAAGACUCUUCAGAGUCCACUUCAGACGAGGAGCCCUUCCCGGUCUUGAGCUUUGCACUGAGAAGUGGUCCUGAUGUGAAGGAUCCUGUGAAUAUUGGAAACCAAUCUACCAGGGGGAUGAGCAACAAGAAAAGAUGGAUCAGCAAUGUUGACUGUUCAGAAUUGAAUAACGGAGAAGAACCUCAGGAAACUUCUAGCUCAGCCCUAAGAAAUGGGUCAGGAGCAGAUCUCCAAGGACCUGGAAAUGAAAAGUGUUCCUGUGUCAUGUGUUUUUCAAAAGGUGUGCUAAGAGGCAGAGAAGCAAGGACACAAAGUAGCCAAGCAUCUGAUAUGAUCGAUACCAUGGAUACUGGAUGCAAAUCUACUUUGGAAAAACACAGUGAGAAAAGAAGAGAAAAUAGAAGAUACAUACAUAAAAGAAACAGUCUCCAAAAAGCGAGAAAGAGAAUCCAAACUCUGAAAAAUAGAGUCCCAAGGAAAAGAGUCAAACCAAAUGAGAGAAAAACAUUCAACAUCGGACUUUUGAAAAGAGGCAGAAAAAGAGGUCCAAGAAUUCCCAGAGAUAAAAAUAUGGAUUUUCGACCUCCUAUACUUCCUGUGACCUGUGGUCAGGCGAAGGGGGUUUUACAUAAGGAGAAAAUGAAAAAAGGAGUGUCGGAAAAGUGUAUACAGACAAAGGAUGGAAAAUUGUUCACCCUCAAGGAAUUUGAAAUUAAAGGAAACCAUGAAAAAUCCAAGAACUGGAGGCUGAGCGUGCGCUGCGGUGGCUGGCCCCUGAAACACCUGAUUCAGAAAGGAUUUCUACCAGACCCACCGAGAACAAGAAAAAAGACAAUACCAGAGUUUCACAGUGAUGACUUUAUUGACCCUUAUCCAGAAAACUCCAAUGAAUGUGAGGUGUGCCGCAGACGAGGAAAGCUGUUCUGCUGUGACACUUGCUCAAGGUCCUUUCAUGUGAAAUGCCACAUCCAGUGUAUUGAUGCUGACAGGAACCCAUGGAGUUGCAUCUUCUGCUCGAUAAAGGACAUUCAGGAAAAAUCCCCAGAAAGUCAGCCAUGUCGCCAGGAAUCUGAGGUGCUGGAGAGGCCAAUGAUGUCUGAGGAGCAGCUGAAAUGUGAGUUCCUCCUCUUGAAGGUCUACUGCUGUUCACAAAGCCCCUUUUUUGCUUCAGAACCAUAUUAUAGCAGAGAGCCAUCUGGGCGCCUGAAGAAGUCCAUGUGGUUGAACAAGAUCAGGAAAAAGCUGAUUAGGAAGUUGUACCCACAAGUGAAGGGGUUCAUAAGGGACAUGCGCCUCAUCUUUCAGAACCACAGGGUAUUUUACCGGGACAAGAAAUUCAUCAGUCUGGGACUUCAACUGGAGGCCAAAUUUGAGAAAAAUUUCCAAGACAUUUUUGCAAUUUGUGCAACCAGCAAGGGCAGCUCUCAGUCUGCGCCCAGUGUUAUGUAAUAUUGCCCGUUUCCUUUUCACCCUUCAUGUGUCCAAGAACACAUGAGAGCGUGCCCGGUCCUCCUGACUAGUCUGUCUGUGCCAACAUCAUCGUAUCUCACUUCUUUUUCAAAAUAUUUUUUUGUUGCCAUUUUUGCUCAUUUAUUUUUCUAAAUAAAAUUUCAAAUUGCCA